AUGGGGAGGGGGCUUAUCGGAGCGGGCCGGAGAGGGGAAGGGGGCUUACCGAGAGGGCAGGGAGGCGGCGGCGGCGAGCGAGGCGACGACGAUGACGACGUCGGCGAGGGAGGUGGCGGCAGGGAGGAGCGCGAAGACGACGACGGCGUCGGGGAAGAGUUAGGCAUCCUCGCGGCGUCGAGGGUUCGACAUCGCACACGCUGCCGCGCGGCUGCUGCAUUCCGCCGCCGCCCCGCCGGCUGGCUGCUCCGCGCUAGCACCACCGCGCAUUUCCCUCCGCCCUUCGGCCUCGGAAGUCAGGUGCCUCCGCGGCCUCCGCCCCGACCGACAUGCCGCCGGCGGCCCUGCCUCUGUUGCGCCGCCGAUGUCGAGGAACGCCGACUCCGAUUCGCGCUCCUGCCCCCUCGGCCUCGCAGUCAGGCGACCCCGGCCUCCGCCGCACUGCUGCCGCCGGCCAUCUGCCUCCUCCACUGCGCCGCGGAAACCGACGAACUCCGACUCCUCGCGCAGCUACUCUGCGCACCACUGCUGCUGCUCGCCUGCUCGCCUCGCCGACUCGGUGCUGGUUCUUCUUCUACUGAUGAUCAGGUCAUGGGAGGCAAACCAUUGAUUUGGAGGAGAGCAUGGAGUUCUUUGAGGAGCUUAAUAUUCGCAGGUAUGCUCCCGGUAAGCUCGUUGUGCGAGAGCUCAAGGGCCACCAAGGUCCUCAACGCCGAGAAGUCAAGAGACUCAAGUGUCCCUCUCAGCCGCAUCCCCGGCAGGGAGAUGGCGGUGAUCAUCGGCCGGCACCCACCGCACCGGAUGCCCCGCCAACGGCAAGGUGCUGACAUGUUGCCCCAGGAUUGCAGGGCGUCUUGGCUUUGCGGACUGAGGCUGGCUUUCCAGGCAAGAAGUGCCCCUGUUUGUUGUUCAACUGAUGGCAGCGCACCAGCGGCUGACACGAGUGCGGUGGUGCACAUCGUCAGUAUGGUGAGAGAAGCAAGUAUUUUGGAAGAUAAGAGCUCCAUGGCUAGGAUAGGAAUCGGUUCUGCUUCUGUGUCUCUUGGAGGGUUCACCUUAAAUUGUUGCACCAAUUAUUGCCGCUGUCUCGUUCCCUGCAGGCAAGAUAGUCUAAAGAGGUCAUGGCACCUGUUCAUUCAAAGUCAAAUGUACAGAACCCAAACAUGUACGCACCCAGCAGUAAAAACCAGGAAGACAGGUGCCACAGCACAAACUGCAUAAAGAGCCUCAACAGUAGAAAUAUAUAUAUAAACACGCCCCUAGAAGACCUGGUGCAAAGAAGACCAGUGCGGCCGGAGAAGAGAGGGGCAGCGGUGGAUGGAUAUGUGGUUACUGGCCACGUCGCUCCAUUAAUUGGUGGGUGAUAAAUCAAAACACGAGAUACGGCUGCUGCUUCAAACCCGGCCGUGCCAUGGGCAGGAAGACUUUCGUGCUUGUGCUAGCGGUUGAUUAUGGAACAAGCUUCAUAUUGGGACUCCCUAGUCUCCAAAUACGGAGGCUACGAAGUCAUUAUGGAAAGAGCUUUAUAAAUUAUACCGUCAGCACCUAUAUUGGCGACUUUGCUAGAGUUUCAUUUUGGCCUAAAAUCAUCAUAUUGACAAUUAUUAUGGCGAUCGGGACAUAUGGCAACUUUGGUAGAGUUGCUCUUAGCGAAAUAACUUGGAUGAGAAGCAUCUGAGUUGUCCUCUUUGAGGACACAAAUUAUGAUUCAUAUUUAGACCAUCCUAUCUGAAAUAGCAUUUACUCAUAUCUAUUACAAAUUUCCUGUUCAUUUGA